UAUGCACAGCCGAAACGAAGAACAAACACAUGCACAAAACUACUGAGACGACUGACUAGUUUCUAGAAACAUACAUCUUAAAGAAAGCAACGAAAUGUUCCUGUACAUUGUAGGUCUCAUAGUCUUGUUAUAUGUGUAUCGGUGGUUCAGAGAACUGGGACGAGUUCCCAAUAAAUCAGAGAAGUCUGUGUACAUCACAGGCUGUGACACAGGGUUUGGGAAUCUCUUGGCCAAACACCUGGACACAAAGGGUUUCCGUGUCAUCGCUGGCUGCUACACGGAGAAGGGAGAAGUUGAGCUGAAGAAGUGCUGCUCUGACAAACUCACAACGCUGCAUUUGGAUGUGACCGAUAAUUAUAGCAUCAAAAAAGCCGCAGACACCAUUAAAACUCUGGUGGGAGAGAAGGGUCUGUGGGCUGUGGUCAACAACGCUGGGAUCUCUUUCCCAACUGCUCCCAAUGACUGGCUGGAAAUCGAGGACUUCAAACAAAUGAUCAAUGUCAAUCUGAUCGGGGUUGUUGCCAUCACUCUGAGCGUGUUGCCGCUCAUUAAGAAAGCCAAAGGCAGAGUGGUCAAUGUGGCCAGUGUGUUCGGAAGGAUUAGUACUCUGGGAGGAGCGUACUGCAUUACUAAGUAUGGAGUAGAGGCCUUUAAUGACGGUCUAAGGAGGAACAUGGCACCGUUUGGAGUCAAGGUUUUAUGCAUUGAACCUGGAUUCUUCAAAACGUGUGUUACUGACUCCACUAUCUUUGAGAGCCAUCUGCAGAGAUUAUGGAAAAGGUUGCCUCAGGAGGUCAAGGAUGAGUAUGGCAGUGAUUUCAUAGACAAAACAAAGCUGGUGAUUAAGGAGAAGAUUGAAAAGAUAUUGGAUCCAGAUCUGAUGAAGGUGGUCAGCUGUAUGGAGCACGCUGUGGCUGCGGUUCAUCCUCGGACCAGAUAUUCUCCAGGCUGGGAUGCCAAGUUCUUCUGGCUGCCUCUCUCCUAUAUGCCAACCUUCAUCUCAGAUGCUUUCGUUUUAAAAAAUGCUGUUCAUCCAAAAGCUUCGGUUCUGUAAGCAUAAACAGCCACUUCUCUAUGUUGCACCUAUGCAGCACAUUGAUGGAAUAAACCGUAUUUUCUUAA